UGCUAACUUAUACCACGAUGGCUCCACCGGUCAAAACGGGUCGCUGGUUGGUCGCUGGUAAGUAUUAUUGCGACAUGCGAUCAAUGCAGGACGGACGGAGAGGACUACCAGUUCAGUAAAUGAUGGAACGAAUCUCGCCACCGAAGUUGGUCGGCUCUCUUGUUUGUAGCGGCGGGACUAUUACGGCUCUACGGUUCCCGAGUCCCUGACGCUGACCCUACCAGUCAGAGGUCCGCACCUCUUUCUUCAAGUUCUUACUAGCAUUUCUCCCUUUACCUUCUGGAUCACAAGCGUUGAGAUAAUGGACUUUGAUCAUUACGAACACUGCGACAGCAGUCAAUAUGGUCCUGACAUAGAAGGCGUCGGCGAAACAGAUACGCUCGUUCCGCUGGAUCCGGAAGCUCAAGAGCAAAGGCUCCUGCAGAAGUUAGAUCAGAGGAUUUUGCCAAUACUAUGCCUACUUUACCUGUUUGCUUAUCUUGAUCGGUCAAACCUGGGCAAUGCUCGCUUACAGGGUUUGCCUGAAGAUGUGCUUGGUGGAGAUCCAACUGGGGUGCUAUUUGACUGGGUCAACUCUGCCUUCUUUUUCACCUAUAUACUUUUGCAAAUUCCGUUCACGGUCCUCUCGAAGUAUUACAAUCCACGUAUUUGGAUUGGCUGCUCUGCUAUCCUCUGGGGGAUAUGUUCCACAUCAAUGGCAGCAGCACAUAAUUUUACUGGCCUAAUGAUGGCUCGUCUUGGGUUAGGAACUUUUGAAGCAGCUUUUGGAGGUGCUGUUGUAUUAUACUUCUCUUUCUACUAUACCAAGGCCGAGUGUGGUACUCGCAUCGCAUACUGGUUCGGGUUUGCAGCCGUCGCAGGGGCGUUUGGGGGGCUCAUCGCGCACGGGAUACAACACGUCAAGGUGUCGAUUGCGAACUGGAGGUUGCUUUUUAUGUUGGAGGGCAUACCAACAAUAUUCCUAGGUUUACUCUGCAUUUUCAUGCUUCCAGACCGCCCCGAGUCCACGCCGUUCCUCACUGCAGCAGAGCGCAAGAUCGCAAUUAGCCGCAUGAACAGAGGGACAAGUGGCGACUUUGGUGCAGUUGUCCGUCGAAGUCACGUCAUCGCGGCUUUCCAGGACUGGAGGAUCUAUGUCGGUGGGGUAAUUUACUUUGGCCUCAACUGUGCCUUGUCAUCACUGUCGGCCUUCUUACCGACUAUCAUCGGCACCAUGGGGCAUACAAAUGCGAUGGCUCAACUGAUGACAGUGCCGCCAUACGCUAUGGCCGGUUGUGUGCUCCUUGCCACGUCUUACUCAUCCGAUAGGCUACAGAUUAGGGGACCCUUACUUGUCUUUACCAGCACACUUGGUGGUCUAGGUUACAUGAUAUUACUUGGCGCUACUCACCAGCAAGAUGUACGUUACGGCGCGACAUUUCUUAUCACUAGUGGAACUUAUUCGAGCAUCGGCUUGAUGAACGCUUGGUUUAACCAUAAUCUUGGCUCUGAAACAAAGAGGGCCGCUGGAAUUCCACUCUACGGUGCUAUCGGUCAAUGCGGAGGUAUCUUGGGAUCCCAUCUAUACCCCUUGACUGAGGGUCCUCAUUACACGAAUGGAUUUACUGUUUCUGCAUCCCUGCUCUUUUUGGCCGCACUAUGUGCACUCUUGUUGAGCGUUUCUUUCCGUUUGGACAAUACGCAGCGAGACCAGCAGUAUGGCAAGCCAGAUCCAAACGAUAUGGUAGAUACAUCGGAGCUCGCAGACAAGGCUCCUGGAUUCCGAUACGUCCCGUAGCAGAUAAUCGUGUACUUUAUCAAUCCAAACACUGUCAUGGCGUUAAGCACUGCUUCUCAUCCGAAUCAUUACGGC